GUGAGAGCUAUGCAAUAGAAGGAAAGAUGGGGAUGAGACUUGGGAGGAGAAAGUAACACUGAGCGUCACUGAUUUCGGCUCGGCUACGCAGCGACGAACUUCCGGGCAUGGCGAUUGAUCGCUGACGAGUCUCCGGCAACGGCAGGGGACAAUAGAGACGAGGUAAACCGGCGGUAUUGUUCCGGUAAUCUUGCACCAGACCUCGAACUGUAGUCCUUGCCGCCGGUGGACGUCGCGGUGGCUCCGUCAUUGCGACUGCAUCAGAUAAAAAAGUAACCGCCGCAAACUGCUUCCGCCUCUGCUUUGUCAUCUGAUACUGCGCUUUGUGGCUACAAAAAGGAGGAAGUUUUUUUUUUGGUAAAAAGGAGGAGAGGAAGCUUUAUCGUUAGGAUGAUGUGAAAACGGUUGCAUCUCGUUUCUUCUUCUUCUUCUUUGAUCUUCGCCGACGGCGAUGAGCCGAUCAAAUGGUGUCGUGUUGAUGCUUAGGCAUGUGCAUCGAUGGUGUUGUCGUCUUCGUCUGCUUCCACCGGAGGUAUCAAAAUGCUUAUGGGCAAAAACUUGCUUCGUUUCCUUUUCUUCUUCUUCUUCUUCAAGGAUGGGGUUUUUAGCGACGAACAGGGAGAUAACCCAUAUGAUAAGAUCAGGAAAUAUCUGCAGAGCGAGAGAAAUCUUCAACGAAAUGGAGGAGAGGAACACAGUGACAUGGAAUACAAUGAUAAGUGGAUAUGUGAAACGAAGAGAAAUGGCUCAGGCACGGAGGCUGUUCGACGAAAUGCCUGAAAGAGAUGUCGUCUCAUGGAACACGAUGAUUUCGGGUUAUGUAUCAUGCAGUGGGGCUAGAUUUCUCGAGGAAGCAAGAAGCUUGUUCGAUGCAAUGCCUGUCCGAGAUUGCAUUUCUUGGAACACGAUGAUCAGUGGGUAUGCAAAGCAUGGGAGGAUGGAAGAAGCCGUGUGGCUGUUCAACAAGAUGCCCGAACGAAAUGCUGUGUCGUGGAACGCCAUGAUCACCGGGUUCUGCCAGAACGGUAACGUGGGUCAUGCCAUCGAGUUUUUCGAGAGAUUGCCCGAAAGGAACUCGGCUUCUCUUUGCGCACUCGUGUCAGGUCUUAUUCAGAACGAGAAAUUGGACGAAGCAGCGAGGAUUUUGGCCGAGUAUGGGAGAAAAGACGCUGAAAUGGAAGAUUUGGUGUAUGCUUAUAAUACUUUGAUCUCAGGGUAUGGACAGAAGGGGAAUGCAGAAGCAGCUCGACGGAUCUUUGAUCAGAUACCUGACGAUCUCCGUCUUGAUCGUGUAGGACAAAUCAAGGGGAAGUUUCGAAGGAAUCUCGUGUCAUGGAACUCGAUGAUUAUGUCAUACGUGAAGGCAGGCGACGUGGUUUCUGCACGAGAGCUGUUCGAUCAGAUGACAGAACGGGAUAUCAUUUCUUGGAACACAAUGAUCGAUGGUUAUGUUCGGGCAUCCAAGAUGAAAGAAGCUCUUGAUCUGUUCUACGAAAUGCCAAAACACGAUACAUUCUCGUGGAACACGAUUGUCUCGGGCUAUGCUAAUGUUGGCAAUCUAGAUCUCUCCCGUCACUACUUCGACAGAACGCCUCAGAAAAGCAUCGUCUCGUGGAAUUCGAUCAUUGCAGCCUAUCAGAAAAACGAAGAUUACAAAGGAGCUGCCGAGAUGUUCAUCUGGAUGAAAUCAGAAGGGGAAAAACCUGAUCGCCAUACUCUAUCCUCCCUUCUCAGCAUAUCAACCGGGCUAGUGAAUCCACAGCUAGGAAUGCAGAUUCACCAAGUCAUCAUCAAGACUGUAAUCCCGGACAUGCCGAUAACCAAUGCCCUUAUCACAAUGUAUUCAGCCUGCGGUGCCAUAAACGAUGCGAGGAGAAUCUUUAAUGAGACGAAACCCAGAAGAGAAGUCAUCACCUGGAAUGCGAUGAUCAGAGGAUACGCCUCUCAUGGAUACGCCGAGGAAGCCCUGACCAUGUUCCGGACGAUGAAGAACUGCAAGAUACAGCCCACUUACAUCACAUUCAUCUCGGUUCUGAGUGCUUGUGUACACGCAGGACUGGUCGAAGAAGCUAAAACACAGUUCAAAUCAAUGGUGGGUGAAUUCAACAUAGAACCGAGGAUUGAGCAUUACGCAGCUCUGGUGGACGUGAUAAGUCGGGAUGGGCAAGUGGAGGAAGCCAUGGAAGUGAUAAGGACCAUGCAUUUGGCGCCAGACAGAGCGGUCUGGGGGGCUUUGUUGGGAGGUUGCAGAGUGCAUAACAAUGUCGGGCUGGCUCGUGUUGCGGCCGAGGAGCUGAUGAGGCUCGAACCAGAGAGCUCGACGCCGUACGUGUUGCUUUACAAUAUGUAUGCGGACAUGGGAAUGUGGGAUGAAGCUUCUGCUGUUAGGAAAGUGAUGGAGAGUCGGAAUAUCGUUAAGGCAAGGGGAUCGAGUUGGACGGAAUCCUCACUUACUGGACGCUGAUUCUCCGUCUCUUGCUGAUGUUUAAUGAAUAAAAAAAAAGUUUUUUAUAUAGAGAUUACCGAAUUGCCCCUU